AUGCACCUUUUAACCAUACUGCCUCUGAUAGCUGUGGCCGUUGCCCACAAGCAAGCGACGACUGCCCAGGAAAAGGCCGUGGAAAGCUCUUUGCGCGACGCGGCACUUGUCUGUGCACCCACUAUAGGCUCCUACACCACUGGCCGCAAGCGCGCUUUCGCGCGGAAGGCACUCGCCCGUUCAGCUGGAUACCCCACCGGGAUAGACGACUACGAAUCGUUUGCGCAGGAUCCACUACAGAUCGGUUCGCCAGAGGAGAGUUCGUUGAGUUGCCAGGCAGUGGAGGAUAAGGAUAUCCAGAACAACACGUGUAUUCUCACUCCGGAAGUGACUUCCGGGCCGUACUACCACGUCCAAGGACACCCUAUUCGUCAGAACAUCGCCGAGAUGCAGGAUGGAUUGCUGCUGUUGCUUGAUAUCGGUGUUAUCGAUGUUGAGACAUGUCAACCCGUCCCGGACGUGCUUGUAGACAUCUGGUUGGCCAAUGCAACGGGUUCCUAUUCUGGCCACCCCGAUCCCGUCGGCAGCAGGAGCUAUAGCGACAUGCCCGGCGCAAUCCCGCGGACGCAGCCCACCGAAACGUGGCUCCGCGGGGCAUGGCCCACGGAUCAGAAUGGUGUUGCCCAGUUUACAUCAAUAUUCCCCGGCUACUACCAAGAUCGCGCGACUCACGUCCAUGUGAAGGUGUUUCCCGAGUGGACGGUUGUCCAUGAGAACGGCAUGUUCGCACCCGGCCGUCUUGCGCAUGUCGGGCAGUUCUUUUUCGAGGAUGAUGUCAACGUGGUCGUGGACAAGAUGCAUCCAUAUACUGACAACCCCAUCCGCAACACACUCGGACGCACUCGGAACUGGGACGACUCGUUCCAUAUCUUCGAAGACGCAAGCCGGAACGGAUACAAUCCCGUCUUUAAAACACAUCUCCUCGGCAGUGUGAUCUCCCAGGGCCUGGUGGCUUACAUCACCAUGGGUGUCAACAUGAGCGCGUCGCACACCAACUCUCUGCUCGAUGUCAUGUGACCGCGUUUCAAGACGCUCACUCGACCGUUGUGGGUCUUGUCGGCUCCUCGGUAUAUAUCUAGACUCUGGUUAGGGCUUUAUUCUCUCUGGGUUUCAGGAUCGAUCGGCAGCGACCAACCAUUAUGUAGACUGAGCAUUAUAGUAGCGUCAAAGUGUGACCUUGCGUGUGACAUCCAACACCCAGAGCUCGACUGCUUUGUUCACUACGUCCAAUGCAUCCGUAAAACAUCGGAACUCUAGUCAAGAAGUCCUUCUAUAGUGCUCAGCUUAACGUCCAACGCCCUCCUCUUUCCUCGCAGCUCUGGGACUUGACCCUCGCAGCCUCGGCAAGAGACUUGUCCGCGAGAAGCUCAGACGGGUUAUUUGCUCUCUACGCCCGCUCUAGGCCUACUUUCUCGCCUGCGAGCGGGACGUUUCUGUCCGACCAGUCCCUGAGUUCCUCUCUUCCACCUCCUUGCAAGUUGCAUCACCUCGCGACGACUGGCUGGCUGCCCGACAUCUCAAGGAUGAUAGAUAAUAACCAUACAGUGCCUCGAGAUUUUCCGCGAUAGCGUCCUUUAUAACGAUACGCCCGCAUACAUCAUGUACGCGAUGGGGCUCCUCACACCCCAUGCUCUGGGGACAGAUACACAAAGGGGGGAAGCAAGCCGCGCGUUUCUGAUCUUCGCGGCUCUGGUGUCGGAGGAGCUGGGCGAGGACUGCUUGGCGGAGUGGUUGACCGGUCUUCUCGUGCCGUUUGUGCGCGGUACCUCUAUGGUGCCGGGCGCUUAGUCACCGCCUCUUUUGUACAAGCGGCCAAAUCAGUCCGGAGUCGGAAUUUUUUUUGAAUACCAGAUUUAUAACAAUCUUUACCUACUACAAUUUGGUUCAAAGAAGUACAAGUCGCACCGUCGCGUUCCAGAGACAGUAGCUAGGACAUUUG